GAAGUGGACACAUUCAAACAUGGACGAAUAUCGAGCAAGGGAAGCAUAACUUUCUGGAUCUGUAAAUCACCGGAAAUUUAGAUUAUUGAUAUUAUCAAUAUUUUGAUGAAUAUUCUGCCCCAUAUUAAUUUUCAGGUGAUUUCCAGAAUAAAUGAUUCGUCUCUCUCUUUAUUAGAUUAAUUUUGUUUGUAAUGACUACAAAGAAUGUCAGAAGUGGUUUUUAAGAAGUUCUUGGACUUUCUAGAAGAUCAUCUUGAAGAAAACAAAGAAUUGAUAUCAUUUGUGAAAAAGCGAUAUGAUGAAUGCAGUGACUCCUUCCGUUUUUCCAAGGACUUCUUGGAGUUGACAGCAAAUAUACAGUCGAAAAUUGAGGCUGAGAAACAUCGAAUAUUUGUACAUCUUAAAAACUUCUUAGCAGAAUUGAAAUCCUACCGAGUUACUACUGCUCCAAAUAAUAAACGCAAACUAGUGGACAAUGUCUGUGAGGGGACUAAUAAAAAACAAUGUGUUAACAAUUCAUGUUCAGAUCUCAGUUCUGACUCUGACUUUUUUAAGAAAAAUAACACAAAGCAGGUCAAUGAAGAUAGCAAUAGAAAGAGUGAAAAAAUUGAAACAGAAGAAAAAAUUGAAACAGAAGAAAAAAAUGAAGACAGUUGUGGUAAAGGAGAAUCAGUAUCCUGUGAGAAAGAUGAUCAAGUAUGUGGUGAAGGAGAAUCAGUAUCCUGUGAGAAAGAUGAUCAAGUAUCUCCCAUUGUAGAAGAAUCACUCUCAAAUGAUUCUAUUCAAUCAGAGUUUAAAUCAUCUGAUUCUUCAGACUUUCCUACCUAUUUUUCUGGUGAGCGGUUUGAUAAACAAAAAUCUCCAUCUGUUGAUUUGAUAUCAUUGGAUUCCAAGAGUCCUUGUCCAGCAUCAUCCAGUAAUCAUGAAAGUGUUUCUGGUGUCAACAAACAUACUUCAUCUAGCACUGUGUUAUUGAACUGCAAGGAGUCAUCAAGUCUUGAUGUAGCUUCUGACAGUGCACUAGAUUCUAAGGCUGAAGAUGUGGACAGUGAUAGAGAAAAGGAGGCAGAGGAAAGCAAACAGAAUUGUUUAGAUCUGGCAUCGCCUUCCCCUAACACUCUUGAGGAAAGUGCAAGUAACUUAAGUGAGACAACAGAAAAGAAAAAGAAAAAAGGAUCUGAAAGGCAAAUAAAACGAUUAGAAAAACUUCUUGCUGAAAUCAACAAAGAAAUUGAGACAGUAAAUGAAAAGGAACUUGAUCUCGAAGAAAUGGAAAAUGAUGAUUCAGCCUAUCUUUAUGAAGAUCGAUUGCAGAAAAAGUUUGUGAAAGUUUGGGAAAAGUUAUGUGAACUUAAAAAUCAAGAUACUAAAACUGGGCGCCCAAUUGAAAGAAAAUUUCAUUAUAAUGGUACUCGUUAUUCUGAAAUCAAUAAAAAAAUUGAAAAGUUUAUCAACAAGAAAAAAAUUUUCCCAGAUUAUUUUGAUAUCAAAAAUAUUAUUAAUCAAGUGAACACAGUACACAAGUUAUAUUUAGGAAAAACAAAUAUUGAUGACUUAGCCAGAGAAACAUUUACUGAUGUUGGGAAUCAACUCCAAGAAAGGCGUCAUCGUGAUUUUAUCCUAACAUUUGGAAAUAGUCAAACUGAAGCAUACAGAAUAACUUCUGAUCCUGCUACUUAUGACAAAAACUUGAAGAAGAAGUUAGAUGAAAACCGUAAACUUGCAAAAUCAAAGCUGGAUGAUAUUAUAUCAAAAUAUGCUCAGAAACAAUAUGAUACCAAUGCUCAGCCUGAAGAAGUUGAUGAAAAUGCUUUAGAAAGUUCAUCUGAAGAAGAGGAUGAGGAGGAUGAAAUUCCAGAAUUGGAUGAAGUAAUGGCAUUGGAUGAUGACGAUGAAGAUGAUGACAUUACUGAAGUCAAAACAGCUAAACCUUCAGGGAGCGUCUCAUUACAAAUAACCCCCACAAAAGACUUGAAAGUACAAUUAGAGAAGUUGGUAAUACCUACCAACUUUCAAAAUGAUAUAAAUAAUAUUUCUGACAGUUCUGCAUCCAGCAGUUAUCCUAAGACAAGGAGCAGACAAAAUCGUGGUUGCAAAAUGUCAGCCCAAUCACCUAAAGGUAAAAGCUCUUCACAGGCACUACCUUUGUUACCUUUACACAGAGUGGUUAAAAGCAAUUCAGACAAAUCCAGCAAUGAAAAGAGCAAAGAUGUGAGUGAAAAGAUAGUUAUCGAUCUCGAUUCUUCUGAAUCUGAAGAAAAUGGUGUAAGCUGCAGCAUUCCAAUCAACAAAGUAGACACUCAUACAUCAACAUGUAAAGAGCAAUCUCUUAUACCACUAAGGCCUCGAUGUGCAGUUGGUGCUAGAAAUUCCAACACUUCAUUAUCAUCGUCGACAACCACAUCAUCAUCAUCAUCAUUAUCAUCAGGAAGAAUGUAUGUUUCUUCUCAAAGCAAUAUGCAGCUUAGUAUGGAAGUAAAAACUCAGGUUCAGCAACAAGAUUUUGAUGGUGUCUCAUUUAAAAUUGCUUCUGUUGCUUCUUUAGCAUAUAGCAUGAACAAUCGGACUAGUAAUUCUGAAUAUUUUACUGCACAACAGACUAAUUAUCAAAGUCAGAAUUAUCAAGUGACUUCGGGUAGUAGUUAUGGUGUUAGAAGCAGUCAAAAGUGGCCUGCUAUUGCUCAGUCUAAAGAAGUUAUUGUUUUAUCUGAUUCUGAUUGAAAUGUUUGUGUGUACGAAAAUAUACAUAAACAGCAAAUCUACAUAUUAACAUGUAUAAAUAUGGGAUUUAUAAAAAUAAAAGUUAUUAUAAAUAAAAUCUUAAAAUAAUCUAAAACCAGUCACACCUGCUUGUUUAAUAAAAUUAUUACUGGUAUGUGUAUAAUAUCCAUUUAAAAAGUAAUUCACUGUUUUAUUUCAUUCUCACAUUGUUAACUCUUUUCAAAGUUAAGCUACUUAAAACCAAACUAUCAGUAAUAUAUUCAGAGGACUUUUUCUUUUCUCUCCUCUGUAUUUUAUGUAGGGUAAACUUGUAUGUAUAAAAAACUAUUCUAAAAAACCAGUAUUUUUUGCAGGAAGCUAAAUUCCUCCAAGGACUUUUCAUCAUGCAUUCUAUUAGUCAGUAAAUACUGGAGGUUUAUUUUUUUUUUGGUCAGUUGUAUUUAUUUAUUUUUUUAUUUUUUUUUCCCACUUAUUUUAAGCCAGCUUUUUGGUUUUACAAAUACCAAUUUCUAAAAUGCCACAAGAAACCUCCAGAAAUGUUUUUAAAAGAGAAAGAAUCUUAUUAGACUUUUGCAAUUAAUGCAUAUAAAGUUUUUUUGGUGGGGCUGAUGGAUUAGAAAUUCAGGUUUGAUCCAUCUAAUAAUCAUUAAUGCAUCUUGCAUCAAAAAAUGUUUUUCAUCAGUCAGUCUGAAACAUAAGACCUGGUUUGAGACUACACAGUUUUGAAGUAUUGUUCAAAGGGGGUUAACUCUUUUCUGCAGCAAGCUAUACCCCUUUCAGAGUUUCUCUACAUGCAUUCUCAUUAGUCAAAUAUUGGAGGGUUUUAAGCCAGUUGUAUGGUUUUCGUUCAUAAUACUCCCCUUUUCUGUUGUCACUCUUAUUGUCUAAUGGUGAUUUAUAAACACUCUUUAUCGGUUAUGUUUUAAAAUAUUUAUUGGCAAAUGUUUGCAUUUUUCAGUUAUAUUAAAAGUUUGAAUGAUUAAGAUACUUCUAAAGGUAUUUUAAUAACUUUCACAAAUUGCGUGGUUAACUUGAGGUAGAACUAAAUAAAUACAUGUUUAGUUUAAUACUAUGGAAAUAGAUCAAACAGCUGAACAUUGAAUAAAUGAAUUAGCAAGUUUUAUUCUAUCUCUUAAUCAUGUUGGGAUUUACUUUCAUUUGGUGCUGAUUAAUAUUAGUAGACUAAAAAUCUCUAUAAGAUCAGCAAAAUAAGCACCAGUAAUAUACGAUUCAUCUUUUCAGUCAACUAUAACACUUCCUUGCUUCGUUUGGCAUGUACUAAAACAUAUAUAGAAGGUUUAAAAUACAGCUCUUAAGAAUUUUCCCAUCAUCAAGUUAACUGACAACUUUGAUGAUUUUUAGCCAUAAUUUUUUAACAAGUAAACAAUGACAAUCUUUUAUAAGUUUUACUUAUCAUACAAAACUGUUUCAUGGUUAUAAAAAAAAAACACCUACAAAAUCAUUGAGAAAUAGUGUUUUUUACUUAAAUUGUUGCUUUAUAAUUGUCUACAGCUCGAUCUCAUGUCACCAAACAUGUUUCUCUAGGAAACAUUCAGCUUACAAAAGUUUCUAUUUUCCAUCAAAAAUCUAUUUGUAUUUAUCAUAAAAUAUAUUUAUGCAUUGCUCUUGUACAAAAUAAAUUAUCAUUCCUUCAUUUUA